CAAACUUGUUGGAGUCUUCUCUCUAUCUGCAACAACUAACAAUCAUCAAUUUUUUCAGUAGGCGGUCUUGUUUGAAUACUGCAAACAUGACGCUGAUUUGCUUUCUGGAGCACCAUCUCAUGAAAGUACAAAAAUAAUGAAGUGGCUAUCAAGGCUAUUAGUAAGUAAAGAAGUAAGAGCUUGAUGAUCGAAAAAAAUGAGAAUGAUUUCACAUCACUUCAGCUCCAAGGACUUCUUGGCUCUGGUAUUGUGUUCUUCCUCUUGGCUAUCAAAGGUCGAGCCACUUUCUGCCUGGUACAAGUUUAAAUCCCAUUAUCACACACAACAGCCAGAGCAAGAUAGAAAAAAAAGACAAGCAGAUGAAGAACAUAAACAAAACAUGAACCAGGGACCGUCUAUCGGCUCCCCAGCUCGAGUCCAGAAGCUUAUUGCUUCCCAAUCAGAUCCACUCCUUGCUAAAGAAAUUUUUGAUUUAGCCUCGCGAGAACCCUAUUUUCAGCACUCGUAUGCCACUUUCCACACCCUCAUCCUCAAGCUUGGCCAUUCCCGGCAGUUCUCCCUCAUGCAGUCCGUCCUCUCUUCCCUAAAGUCACAGCAUUAUUCCAUUUCCCCAUCUCUUUUUUCGCACAUCAUCCAAAUAUAUGGUGAUGCUGGCCUACCUGACAAAGCCCUUAAAACUUUCUAUACUAUCCUGGAAUUCAAUAUGAAGCCUCUUCCGAAGCAUCUCAACCUCAUUCUUGCAAUCCUCGUAACUCAUCGGAACUUUCUUCGCCCUGCAUUUGAUCUCUUCAGAUCUGCACAUACAUACGGAGUUUUGGCAAACACCGAGUCCUACAACAUUCUAAUGCGGGCAUUCUGUUUGAAUGAUGAUUUAAGUAUUGCCUACUCGCUGUUUAAUCAGAUGUUUAAGAGAGAGAUCAGUCCUAAUGUAGAGUCAUAUAGGAUUCUGAUGCAGGGUUUGUGUCGAAAAAGUCAAGUGAAUACAGCUGUUGACUUGCUGGAGGAUAUGCUGAAUAAAGGUUUUGUCCCCGAUGCUUUAAGUUAUAGCACUCUAUUGAACAGCUUGUGUCGGAAAAAGAAAUUUAAGGAGGCUUACAAGCUUCUUUGCAGGAUGAAAGUAAAGGGUUGCAAUCCUGACAUUGUCCAUUACAAUACAGUAAUUCUGGGGUUCUGUCGAGAAGGUCGUGCUGCUGAUGCCUGUAAAAUCCUCGAGGACAUGCCAUCAAAUGGGUGUCUUCCCAAUUUGGUGUCUUAUAGGACAUUAGUUGGGGGUCUAAGCAAUCAGGGAAUGUACGAUGAGGCUAAGAAUUACAUGGUGGAAAUGAUGUCAAAAGGCUUCUCUCCGCAUUUUUCUGUGGUUCACACGGUUGUGAAAGGUUUCUGUAACCUAGGUAAAAUUGAGGAAGCUUGUGGGGUAGCGGGGAGUAUUUUGAGUCACGGUGAACCCCUACAUACAGAUACAUGGGAAGAAAUUGUAUCCAGGAUCUUGGAAUGGGAUGCUGCUGAAAAAAUAGGGAAUACCUUGGUGGACCUUAUUCAAGCUGAGAUAAAACCUGAAACGAGAAUAGUGGAGGCUGGCGCUAGGUUGGGUGAAUAUUUGAUGAACAGCAUAAAAAGUAAAUCAAGGAAGGGUUGAUCAUUUCAUAGAACAAGAAUAGGUCCUGCUAAGCUACACGAAAAGGAUGUUUACCUUGGAAGAUAGCAAAUGCGCAUGAAACCUGAUAAUGGUUAAUACAACCCCGAAAAGGACUCUAUUGUCAGAAAGUAAAUUUGAGUUUAUCUUGCUAGCUCGUCAAGCCAGUUCAUUGACAUGGUUGUAUUAGCAAGGUUUGCACUAUUUUUUUUCGCGGUGUAAGAGUUGUUGGAUCAAAUCAUGUUGAAGUUCUCAAUGUUAUACCUAAGAGUGGAG